CAAACGAAGAAGAAAAAAGAGGCGGAAGUGCUAAGUUAGCAAGGUGAGAGGUAAACAAAGGCCGCUCUGUGUGACGUAAUAAGGACCGAGACACCCCGAGGCGACACGGUCACAUGGGUCUGGAAGAUGAUGGACAACCCGGCAGCAAAUAAGAACCACGUCCCCUGUCACUCGUGGGUGAGUCCGAAUGGCUGGUCCACGAGCUCCACGCAGGGAGCCCUCCUGGACCCACUGGGCGGCUCCCAGCACCUCGGCCUGGGCUCGUCCUCUGAGCACAGAUCCUCCUACGAGCACCUGCAGGGUCCGAGCUGUGUGAGCGGCCCCAGCAACCUCCCGCCCCCCCACAACAUGUACCACUCUGCCAUGUACAAAGCCCCGCACGUCAGCAGCCACCCAGCAGCCAGCGCGUUGUUUGCUGACACUUCGAUCCCGAACCAUGGAGUGCAGCUCUGCAGGUCCCAAAACGCUCCGCUUCUCUUACCCCACAACCCGUAUCGACCUCAAUUAACCAAUCAGGGCUUACCAGGUGGACUUCAGGGUCUGCCCAUGAGCCUCCCAUCGUGUGGACAACGGGUCAAUGCCCAUCAGGCUCCGUCUGGGGGGAUGAAUGUGGAGUCGGCUGGUGUCGCUGGAUACGCUCAGGGCUUUGGACCUUCAACCUCUCAGGAGCAGGCUCAGUGGAUGCCUUCAUUACACAGCAGGGGGGCUGAAAACAAGUCUGGCCGUGAUGCGGCUGCUCAGUGUCACAAUGAGCCAUCGCACAAGAACACAAUUCCACUGCCCGACAACGAGAGGCAGCGUUCAGCCAUUUUAAAUCAUCGUGCACAGCUUCUCAAACAACUGGCAGAGAUGGACGAACUCCUGGAUUCGAUACCUGCAGAUGACACCGGUGAUGGACGCUCUCUACACACAGCUUUGCAGUCUCAUCUUUCAGCUCAUUGCUCAUCUCCUGCUUCCUGUGAUGAACAUGUUGAGACCUGUGAUUUGCCGGAUGAUGAUGAUCCCAUGUCAGCAGGAGAAUCACAGAAAAAAGAGGAUACUUCAUCGGAGUCAGGCGAUGACACUGAUCCUGAUUACUUUCCAAACAAUGACGGAGACUUCUCUGAGGUCCAGUCUGACUCUGACUGGAGCUCGUCAGAUAAAUCAAGUCCCAGUGCUUCCUCGACCCCCACGGAUGAAGAACCUUCCGAGGGGAAAACAAAGACAAAGACUUCUCCGUCUAAGGACAAAGGUGCAAAAAAGUCCUCUGCAGCCUAUCAGAAGAAGCUCCCUCAAACUGUAGUGCUGCCAACUCUGAAUACGAAGGAACAGCGUGUGUACGACAAGAGGAAUUACUGUUUGUUUUGCUCGAAGCCGCAGUCCAAGAUGGCACGGCACUUUGAGAGGGUUCACUGCGACAAAGCCGAGGUUGCAGUUGCUUUUCAAUAUCCCGUCUUGUCCAGAGAAAGACGAAAGAUAUGGAAAAAACUCAUAAAUCAAGGAAACUUUCUGCAUAAUAAGAAUGUGAUAAAAGCAGGGAAGGGAGUACUUGCCGUCCAAAAGCGACCACGCAAGCCUGGACAAGCCCAAGACUUUCUUCACUGUCUCUACUGUCACGGCCUUUAUGUGAAGAACGCUUUGUUCAGACACAUGAGAAAAUGCCCAGAGAAAGUGAAGGAUGAGAAUGAAUCGGAAUUUGGAAGGAAGCGUAUUGCAUCGCGGUGCGCGCUCGAAAUCUUUGGAGAUCUCGGCAUCAGCGAUGGUUUCAAGAACAUUGUGUGCGAGAUGAUCUACGACGAUGUCACAAAAACGGUCAUCGACGACCAGGUUAUCUUGCAGUUCGGUGAGCAAAUGUACAACCAGUACUCCUCCGAUGUGAGGAAGCACGACUAUAUCCGACAAAACCUCCGUCAGUUAGCAAGACUUGUGCUCGAAGCUCAGAAAACAACCCCGCUGAAGAACCUGGAGGAAUUCUUCUACCCUUCAAGCUUCAGGCACGUGGUGUCUGCAGUGAAAGUCCUGGCGGGCUAUGACCUCGAAAACAAUACAUUCAGCAUUCCUUCACUGGCCAUCAAGCUCGGGUACCACCUGCAGAAGGCCUGUAGUAUCGUUGAGGCUAACGCGGUGAAGAGCGGUGACACCAGUCUGGCAGAGUCGGCAAAAAACUUCCUUGUGGUGUAUCAGAAGAAAUGGAACCGGCUCAUUUCUUCAGGUGCAUUAACAAAUCUCAGAGAAAUAAAAAAGACCUCGGAUGGGAAUGUUCCAAUCGCCCAGGAUAUAAGGCUUCUGAAUUCCCACCUGGACACGGUUCAUCGUCUUGCUGAGACCAAACUGGGAGAAAACCCUUCUGCAGAAAACUAUGCUUGUCUGGCCAAGGUGAUACUGGCCCGGACGAUCGUGUUCAACAGGAGGAAACCUGGAGAGGUGGCGUCGAUCCAGCUGAAGACCUUCAUGUCACGGAAAAAGUCCAACGUGCUCGACGACAUGGACGUGUCCGUUACAGAUCUGGAAAGAACCAUGUGUGGGCUUUUCUCUAGAGUGGACAUAAAGGGGAGCUGUGGGAGGAUGGUCCCUGUUCUACUUAAACCCUCAUUCCUCUCAGCCAUGGAGCUUCUCGUGAAGCUUCGUGAGACGUGCGGCGUCCCGCAGAAGAAUCCCUUUCUCUUUGGCCGGCCGUGCGCGCUGUCUGCCUACAAAGGCUCGGAGUCCAUCCAUCACUUUGUCAAAGAAUGUGGAGCGAAAAACCCCGAAGCACUGACGUCGAGAAAGAUCCUGAAGCAUUACCCGAAGAUGCUCCAGCUGAUGAACCUGGACGACGAUGAGGCCAAACUCAUUUUUGGCUGUCGUUAUCAAAUGAAAUCCUAUCGACAGAACGGCGGCAUGCAGCAGGACGAGAUGGACUGUGAAGAGAGGUUAUAUCCUGAAACAGGACAACAAGCUGCAUCAUGGAGUCAGACUGAGUUCUCCGGCACGAGCUGCCAACAAGCAAAUGACUAUCAACAAGAACAUGGAUCAACAACAGGCAACUGCAGGACGGUUCCUUCUAAACAAAGACACAAAGGGUCUCCAUAUAAGGGCAAACACAAGUGGGAAGAAGCAGAGGUCCGCGCUGUUGAAAGACACAUGAUGCGUUUCAUUGAGGGACACAAGGUGCCUCAGAAAAACGACUGCAUCCAGUGUCUCGAGGCCGAGGCCAGAGCACUGAAGACCCGUUCGUGGAAGGGUGUGAAGGACUACGUCAGAAACAGGAUCACUGCGCUGAAGAGACAAAGUGGCUCUUCACAGGCCUGACCCACCGACGGCAGCAAGACGUGACGAGUUCAGAGGAUAUGUUAUGUUUCAAGAAAAACCUUUAAUGUGCAACGUUUCCAUCUUCUUAUCCGUCAUCACCCUUUUCCCUCAAUAGUUUAAGCUUGUUUAUUUAUCAGUCUCCACAUCUUCUGUAGCACCGGGAGCCUUUCGGAAAUGAACAUUUAUUUGUAUUGAACUGGUUUUUGGUUUGCACUUGUUCCCAGGCAUCGAUCCUUCCUCAGUGGAUUACAGAGCGGUUUUCUUUGUAGAUUUUUAUUUUGCAUUCUUCUGAGGUUCAUUCAGAGACGGCUCAUGAUUGCAGGCAAAUUAUGUGAUCCACUGUUAUUGCUGAUACAUUUUUGGAGCUGUACAUUUACCUUCUGUGACCAAGUUUCCAUGUACACUGUAUAAUAUUGAUCUGUUUGGUUGAGUUAUAUAUGAAACACAACGUUCCAAUAAUAAAACAAUUAUGCCAAUUUAUUUACCACACAUAAAA